AUGGUCCACGCAGCGGGAAAGCCUUCUCAAUUCACCGAUGCUGCUCUCCAGCAACGUCUGCAGCUGGCUGGCAAGGCUGGCCCGCAGGCUCUGGUCAAGAAUAUCCGUGUCUUUCUGAUUGCCUGCUUUGCUUGCAUUGGUGGUCUCCUUUACGGCUACAACCAAGGUGUUUUCAGCGGUGUCUUGACUAUGAAUUCCUUCAACAGGCACAUGGGAGAUUACACCACCGACCAGUCCAAGAAAGGAUGGCUCACCUCCAUCCUUGAAUUGGGCGCCUGGACAGGUACUCUGUACUCCGGGUUCCUUGCUGAGAUUAUCUCCAGAAAAUAUGCCAUUUUGGUAAACACCUGCAUUUUCAUCAUUGGUGUUAUUGUGCAAUGCACAGCUGUUCAGGCCGGUCACUCGGCUAUCCUCGGAGGCCGAUUCGUUGUCGGUAUGGGUGUCGGCUCGCUGUCCAUGAUCGUGCCCAUGUAUGUUGCUGAAUGCUCGCCUCCUGAGCUUCGGGGUCUGCUCAUUGGAGUGCAACAAUUCGCCAUCGAGUUCGGUAUCAUGGUCAGCUUCUGGAUUGACUAUGGUACCAACUACAUUGGAGGAACAGGUGACAGCCAAUCUGAGGCAGCCUGGCUCGUGCCUCUUGCCCUCCAGCUCUUCCCUGCCCUCGUCCUGCUUGUCGGAAUGAUCUGGAUGCCGUUUACUCCUCGAUGGCUGGUUCAUCACGGGCGAGAAGAGGAAGCACGUCGAACAUUAGCGAAUCUGAGAUCCUUGUCCAUUGAUCAUCAACUCAUUGAGUUGGAGUUCCUCGAAAUCAAGGCCCAGUCCAUGUUUGAGAAACGGACCGUUGAGGCAAACUUCCCACACCUGGCAGAGAUGACAGCAACCAACACCAUUAAGCUGCAAUUCGUCGCUGUUGCUUCUCUGUUCAAAACAAGGCCCAUGUUCCGCCGAGUGAUUGUCGCAACAGUGACCAUGUUCUUCCAGCAAUGGACCGGGAUCAACGCCGUGCUUUACUAUGCUCCUCAGAUCUUUGGCUCUCUUGGUCUGUCAUCGAAUACUACCUCACUUCUGGCAACGGGUGUGGUCGGUAUUGCCAUGUUGUUGGCGACCAUUCCAUCCAUCCUGUACAUCGAUAGAAUCGGAAGGAGACCUGCCCUGGCUCUCGGUGCUCUUGGAAUGGGUCUUUGCCACUUUAUCAUCGCCAUUAUCUUCGCGAAGAAUCAGCACCAAUGGCCCACUCAUCAUGCCGCUGGUUGGGCUGCUAUUGUCAUGGUUUGGCUCUUCGUCAUCCACUUUGGUUGGUCUUGGGGUCCUUGUGCUUGGAUCGUCGUUGCUGAGGUGUGGCCUCUGUCUGCACGUCCAUACGGAAUCGCCCUUGGAGCUUCCUCGAACUGGAUGAACAACUUCAUUGUUGGUCAAGUCACCCCAGAUAUGAUUACUGGUAUCACAUAUGGAACUUUCAUUCUGUUUGGCCUGUUGAUCACCAUAGGAGCGGGCUUUAUCUGGUUCUUUGUUCCCGAAACAAAGCAGCUCAGUCUUGAGGAGAUGGAUCUCGUUUUCGGAUCCAGUGGUGUUGCGGCCGCAGAUCAGGAGCGCAUGGCUCAGAUCAACGCUGAAAUUGGGCUCGAUCGUCGCCUGAGUGCACUCCAAGGAAUCGAGCACAGCAGUGACGAGAAGGUCUCCGAAGUCAGGGAGAAGACUGCUGAGGCAAAGGGUGUGUAA